UCUCCACAGGAGUUCACAAGCUUCUGCUCCUGCUUCCCUAUGGAUCUGGAAUUUCCUUUUCUCUGUCUACCUCAGCUACCUGUUCUGAGGGUCUCUUAAUCUAUUUAACUCUUAUUCCUACUUCUUUAGGGAAGGAGUUUUAAACACAUCUCUUAUAAUAAGAGGGACAAAAGCAAUUCUCCUGCAGAGGAGGCCAGCUUUCACUUUUAUUCCUGCCCUGUUUCCCUCAGCUGCCCAGGGUUCUCUGAGAGUCUUGCUUUCUGAUCGCAAAGCCUUGCGUUCUGAACAUCUUUUUGCUGCCCAUCAAAGCAUGUCCUCAGUAGACUGGUCCAUGUUAAAAAUGUAAAGGACUGAUAAGGACUUAGCACUUUAUCCCACUGACAACAGAACCAGGCACUCUGGCUCUAAAUAAAGUCAUCCCAGAAUUCCUAAACCUUCUGAGUUCCAAGAAGCUUCACUAUCUGUGCCCAGGGGGGAGCAUGCCGGCAAGAGGCCCGAGUGUGGUCAGCACAAGCCGAGGGCGUUCAAAGGGGUCUCUGUGCUGGCCUGGCCAGGGAGGCCCAGUCUUGGAUGCACCCGUGCCGGGCUUCCCCUCAGCUGUCCGCAGCCGCUAAGCUUGCUGGUCAGAGCAGACUGUGAAGCUGCUCUGUGAGACAGGCUGGCAGGCUGCCUGCACGCAGGAACCUCCCCACUCCCAGCCCUACCAGCUGCAGAGAUGCCCGGCUCUGUCAGUUCUUGUGGGGGCAAUGUCAACCUUUGGGGAGGGCAGCGUGAGGCAGGAACCGGCAGUAAACAGCAAGCAGCGCUGAUCUCCAGUCCACCAGCCUGACGGGGAGUGCCAGUGCCGGCAAGUACUUUUUCAAUAUGUGGAUUUUUUAAUUUUUUUUAUUUUUUUAGAAAAAGUCACUCAAUCUCUCCCUCCCCGCUAAUAUCCUUUUUUUUUUAACAUCUUUAUUGGAGUAUAAUUGCUUUACAAUGGUGUGUCAGUUUCUGCUGUAUAACAGUGAAUCAGCUUCCCCUAAUAUCCUUAUUACCACCUUUGAUUUUAUCCUUCCAGUCUUAUAUGCUUGCUCUGCUUAGUUGUAAUAAUAUACACAUAAAAUAUUUUGUAUCCUGCUUUUAUCAUUCAACACUGUAUAAGUUAUAAGCAUUUCUUCUAUUUUGUUAUCUAUCUUCACAGACUUUAUUUGUAAGGCUGUGUAAUUUUAAGGCUUCCAUAGAGUGACUGUACCAUAAUUCUGACUCAUCCCUUGCUGUUGGAUUCCUGGUUUGUUUGGUAACUUUUAAAAUUUUAAUAUGAUUUUAAACUUACAGAAAAGUUACAGGAAUAUCACAAAGAACUCCCAUAUAUCCUUUACCCACAUUUACCAAGUGUUUACAUUUUUAUCCCAUUUGCUUUAUGACUUAUGAUUUGCUUUAUCUGUAUUUACAUGUUGUAUUUUCUGAAUCAUUUGAGAGUAAGUUGCAGGCAUUGUACCCCUUUACCCCAAAACUUCAGUAUGCCUUUCCUUAAGAAUAAGGACAUCCUCUCAUAAUUUAUAACUAUAACCACUUAUCAAAAACAGGAAGUAUAACACUGAUAAAAUACUGUUAAUCUGGGCUUCCCUGGUGGCGCAGUGGUUGAGAGUCCGCCUACCGAUGCAGGGGACACGGGUUCGUGCCCUGAUCUGGGAAGAUCCCACAUGCCGCAGAGCGCCUGGGCCCAUGAGCCAUGGCCGCUGAGCCUGUGCGUCCGGAGCCUGUGCUCCGCAACGGGAGAGGCCACAACAGUGAGAGGCCCACACACCGGAAAAAAAAAAUAAUAAUAAUACUGUUAAUCUAACACGUGCUCUCUAUUUAAAUUGUGUCAGCUGUCCCAGUAAUGUCCUUCAUAGUGAUUCCUGGCUCAGGAUCAUGUGUUACAUUUAGUUGUGACACAUGAUUACAUGUGUCUCUUUUAAUCCAGACUUCUUGAGCCUUUCCUUGCCUUUUAUUACCUUGGCAUUUUUGAAGAAUACAGUCAGGUAUUUUGUAGAAUGUUCCUCAACUUGGAUUGGUCUCAUGGUUCCACAUGACUAGAUUAGGUUUUGUAUGUUGGGCAAGAACACCACAGAAGUGACAUGUCCUCAGUGCAUCUUACGUUGGCAUGUGAUGGUAGUUGGUCCCAUUAAUGCUAACAUUAACUCUGAUCUCUUGGUUAAGCUGAUGUCUGCCAGGUUUCCCUUUUUAAAUUUACUCUUUUCCCUUUUGUAAUAAGUUAUUUGUGGGGAGAUACUUUGAUAUCAUGUAAAUAUUUUAUUCCUCAUCCAGUGUGAUUUUCUCACUCCAUAGUUUCUUCUACAUUUAUUGUUUGGCAUUCUACUUCUAAAGAACAGCAUUUUUCCUCCCUAUUUAUUAAUCUACUUGUUUAUAAGUACGGAUCAAUGGAAUCCUAUUUACUCAAAGUUGCAAGCCAUUGCUUUAAUUUGUUUUGAUUCUCAAACUGUCCCAGAUUUCUAUCCGGCUCUUGUGUCUUUUUAAUAUAUCCCCUUCAUUUUUUUUUUUUUAACACUUUCUUACUUUCUGGCUUAACAAGAUGCUUCAGGCUUAUCUUGUAUCUUCCCUGCCCCAGCCCUGGAAUCAGCCAUUUCUCCAGGGAAUCAUGAUUCCUUUUAAUGGAGAAUGAUAUUUAGAAACCUAGAGCUGGGUGCUGAGUGUGCCCAUUGCUACUGGGAUGUCAUUGCUUCUAGGCUCUUGGCAAACAGAGCAAGGAAAUAGCUACAGAUAAAAAUAUAUGGAAAUAUUGAGAGAGAUGGAGAUAGAUGAUAUAAAGAAUUAGAUAUUAAAAAUCAUGAAUCCACACUGAUAUUUUCAGUCUAGCUCCAUAAAGUUUAUUCUUAUCUUCUCCCUUUCCCUAUUUGUAACUCUUUUCUCCAGACUAAAUUUUAAAACUUUCUCCUUGCUUUGUUAUGUUCCAUCCAGUGAUCAUCCUGAUGUAAGUCUGUUUUUAUUAUUUCCUUGGGAUGGGCUCCCUUCUGGUUUCAGAACUUCCUCCUCGGCCUCCUAUCUCGAGGCUGAUAGGGCCAGCUGUCUUUGGGGCCUGUGCAUUUCUGUGCAGAGCUUGCGGACAUGGAAAUUAAGAAGGUCAAUAGCAGGUUAAGUGUACUGGGCUGUAUGGGGGGGAUAGUGCCACGAAGAUGGAGUCAUUACACCUGGGGACUCAGGAGAAAGAAACUGGAGAAGGGGAUGUUUGAGCUGUCUUAAAGGUGAAGAGGUGUUUGCUUCUUCUGCUGGGACCAUUCUGCCUCCCUGUGUCGUGUAGUGGGAGGUGGGCACAUGUAGGGAAAUGCAAGCGGCUCGAUGUGGGCAGAGUUAAGUUAGUGGAUGGCCCACGGAGAGUGACGAGCAAGAGCCGGAUCACACAGUGCCUGUGACCUGUGGGGCACUUUGAACAUUAUCCUGCAAAUGUGGGGAGCUCCUGGAGGGACCUAAGCAGGAGAUAACAUGGUCACAUUUGUGAUGUAGACAUAUCAGAAGGUAUGAGACUGGAGGCAAGGAGAGCCUGCCAGAGUGCCGAGGAGGGCCAUAGUGAUGGUGCUGGAGCUCAGAGAGAGGUGGAGGACCUGGCGAAGAGCCACUGUGGUCUGGCCACCGAUCUGAUGAGAGGCCCAAGGGAGAGCAUGGUGGCUGGCUUGAGCCGCCAGCUUCUGGCUUGGAUUUCAGGGUAGACGGUGAAGCCUUUCAUGACAUAGGUAAUACAGGAGGCCAAAUGGGUUUGGAGCAGAUGGGCAGGAAAGCAGAGGGCACAGCAAGUGCUGACCGUGUCAGAGGCUCCUCUAAAUGGGAAGGGAGGACUGUGCUGAGAGAUGCGGAAGAUCCAGAGUGAAAGCUGGCUUUGAUUUAUUUAAAGGUGGGUCAGACCUAGCAUGUUAAUAAAAUUCAGAGGAGAUAAAGGGAAUAGCCAUCAGCCCUGUCUGGGAGUAAAUGCAAAAAUGCACAGAGCAGGGAGCCUCGCUGCUGGGUGUGGCUGGGGAAGAAUUAAAAUGUUCUCAGAUAGGAAUAUCUAGUUUACCUAUUUUGAGUCAAGUGGUUUAGAGAAGAGGUAUGGAGAUGAGUCUUACUUCUCCUGCUUCCCCUUGGGUUAUUUCCCCCAUGAAUCUCUGGGCUCUGGAGUCCUGAAGGUGAGGGUUUAGAGCUGGAGAGACCCCAGCGAGGAUGAGUAGUCAGUGACAGAACAAACGCAAGAAGUAGAAAUGAUCGGAAGUGUCACACGUAGAGAUAUUUGUAACAUUAAGCUCUUUCCAGAUGCUUUUCAUUGUGAAUGCACCUGUAGCUGAGAACGCUAAAGAAAAUAAAGAAUGCCUGUGCAGCUCAAAUUUUUAAAAGCAUGAGAAGAUAAUGGAAAUCUAAAGAUGGGGUCAGGAACUGGUUGAGGAGGGAACAUGGUGAUGGAAGGAGUGUCCUUUGCUGAACGUGCUUAGGGCCCACAUGGGAUUGAAGACCAUGGAUUCUGAGGGACAGCAGGCCCUAAGGCGGUGGGAUUUUCCCCACCAGUUCAAGCAGCCUGGGGGUUGAGAGGAGGGGAAGGGGAAGAGAAUGGUGAUCCCUCCUGCAGCAAGGAAGGACACACCUUUGCUGCAGUUGCCACAUGACUGAACUGGACACCCGGUCUUCAGAGUCACUGGCUAAGAUUCUCAGCUCCACAUUGGGGAAGAGGCAGGCCUGAGCUCAGAGUUAGAAAUGCACUAGAACAGCUUAUCCCUGUCUUCUGGCCCCGGGGUUGGUGUGACAUCUGCCAAUGUCUUGUGAUACCACUUGUGUGGUUUAAUGUUGGCUCUCUCUGCCAAACAAUAAAAAUUCUGUAAUAUUUGAUUUGGGCCUUAGAGUAUCAAUAGGAGCUCAACUGCUACAAGGGAUAGGUUGAGAGGAGGCAGGUGACUGAAGCACAAAAAGCAAUUUAAGGCAUAAAAAAAAUUAGACAAUAAACUCUCCAAAGUGGAACAUGUUUAUCACCCCAUGGCCCCUGAAAAGAUCUGGGCUUAAAAUAGGUGCCAGAUAUCAGUAGGUAACUGUUGAGUGAUCUCCAGCUGUGGGCUCUGCCACCUGGCCUUCACAGCCUUCUGUGAGAGGACCCCAGCUCGCCUUUUCCUGUUUAUCUCCUAGUCCUUCACAGCGGUGCGCAUACCUCAUGGAAACGGAUUCCACAUAUGCCCCUUCCUUCCUCACUCUGUGUGGCCUAAGAAGCCUUUAUUAAUACUGGGCUUUGUUCCUGAAGCACCCUAUCUCAGUCCCCAUCCCUCCUUUCAAUCUCAGCAUUACACCUGUCUGAAACAGCCAGCCUUCAGUAUUGUGGAUAAGAGUGUGAAUAAAUAGAGAUGAGGGCAUUGGUUAAUGUGUCAGAACAUUCACUGGGGAUUCCCAUAGACACCUCUAGAAACCAAGUCCAUGAAGAAGACUGUGCAAAGAGGCCCAUCAUAGCAUUGUUUACAGUUGUAAAAUUUGAAAUCAAUCUAAAUGUACAGCAGGAAGGGAUUAAAUGAAUUAUGGUACGUAAUUAGGUAUUAUACAGCCAUUGAAGAUGAUAUAUAGCUAUAUUUAUUGACAAGAAAAACUCAUUUUUGAAUGAAAGUAGGUUAUAGAAUUACAUGUAUGAUAUGGUCUGCAUUUAUAUAAAAUUAUAUAUAUAUGGGAAGGAUGUUGAUCGAAUUGUUAACUAUGGUUGCCUCUAGGGAUGGAAUUUCGCAUUAUUUAAAAUUUUUAUACUAUUUGAUAUUGCUUGGAAUUUCUGUGUAUUACUUUUAUAAUCGUAAACAUUAAAUAAAGCUAUUUUCAUUAUGGGAAAACAAUCCACUGCAUCCUUUUGAGGCCUACUUUAUAUGUACAUCUCUGGGAAGCUUUCUUUGAUCUUCACCCGCCCCCGACCCACACUGGAGUGGGAGCCCUGCCUCCUUUAUAGCUCUUGGCAUGGCACUUUGUCAUCCUCUUAAACCUCUGGUCUUUCUCGCUUGUGUUUGUUAUGUUAUCUCAUUAGCCUCCAUGGCUCUGAACUCCUUAAGGUCAUGGAUCGUGUUCCUACUCAUCUAGGUGCCGUCCUCCACUUCCAAAGGCAGCCUCAGGGGGAAGUGACUGCCCUUCAGCUGUGGAGAUUACUGUUUUACGAGCCUAUGGGCCCAGAUCUUGGGGUUUUUCACGAGAUCCAGAAAUCAGGCCUGAUUUGGGGUUCAGUAGGCUUUGCUCUGGUUGGCAGGAUUGGUGCUCAGUGUUCCAGGUGGGGCCUGCAAGCGGGGAGGUGACAGCCACUUGCUCCACUGCUUGCCCCAGAAAGGCCUCCCCCCUUUGCCUUUGUCUGUUGUGGAAAUGCCCCUCUGGCUCUGAUGACCAGACCUCUGGGGCAGAAAUCCCCACAGCCCCACCACCGAGGCUGCUCAGAGGAAGCCAGCUGCUCAGCCUCUGGGUCCAGAAAAAAACCCAAAGAAAAACCCUGUCCAAACUGAGAUAGGACCUUUCCCUAAAGGGAUGUGACGAUUGUUUCCAAAUGACUGCCCCCUCCUAGCUUCAGAGCUCUCAGCUUCCUCUUCCAUUAUGAGUGACAGUGAUGAUGACCAUAGGGGCCCAGUAGCAGGUGUCCCCUUGGGAAUAUUAGCAGCCUCACCAGAAAAAGAUGAUGAGGCAUGUGGCAGCCAGGAACCCACGCAGGGCAGCGUCCAGACUGCCCCGAUAGUCCCUUCCCACCCCGGGACCUAAUAACCGAGAGCUGCCAUGCGUUUAACACCUACCCUGUGCCAGCAGGCUCAGGGCUUUGAAACUCAUCCAGCACCACGGCUCUGCCAGGUGGGCGUCGUUAUCUCCAUUAAAAGACUGAAGCUUAGAGACCUUAAGCAGCUUGCCCAAGGUCGCACCAAUCUGCUUGACUCGGCUUGUCUGCACCCCCAUAUCCCAUACGAUCCAGUCGGCGAUGGACAAGGAGGACCUAGACACUAACCCACUAAGUUGUUUUCUUAAAGACCUGAACAAAUCCAUGGAGCAGGCCUGUCAAGGAGAAGCUACCCACCUGACCUUGUAGGCAUUUGAGCUUCUCUCAGCCUGUGAGAUACUCUCCCCAGAUGUGCUCAGUGUGUGGCAGGGGCAGAAGCUGGAAGACAGAGAACAGCUUGGCUAACCUUGCAACCUCAGGAUACUGAAAAAGGAAUAGAAGAAUUUGCUUUUGUUGUUUCAGAGAUGAAUCAUUAACAAUAUAUUGGACGGACCAUAUGUAAUUGGCAAAACCCCACAGUUUUGGCCUGCAAAAACAGCGAAUUCGUAUAAUUCAGUCGAAUAAGAAUAGCUAAUGUUUAUUUCCUGUGUGCCAGGCCCCAUGCCAAACACUUUGGAAGCAUGAUGUCACUUAGUCUACACACAACUCCCCGUGGUACAGGUCUGAAUGAAAUGCUGUGGAAUAAGGAGCUGCAGGUUUACUACCAAAUGUUUUACGAGUCAGGUGCAUCAAAUCUCCCUCUAUAAAUGGGGAUGAAAAUCCACUGAUUUGAAACUUCUCAGGAACAGCUGAAAAUCAAAUGAGCACAGAUCUACACAGUUGGGGAAACCCAAGCUGUCUGACCGCUAAAGCAGAGCCUCUGUCCCUACACUGCCUCUCUUCCGCCUGAUGAAGGUUUGGGCUGAAAGAUGAUUGAAAUGGAGGAAUGGAUUUUUAAAAUGAAUGAAUGGGGACUUCCCUGGUGGUCCAAAGGCUAAGAAUCCGCCUUCCAGUGCAGGGGAAGUGGGUUUGAUCCCUGAUCUGGGAACUAAGAUCCCACGGGCCGCGGGGCAACUAAGCCCGCACUCCACAACUAGAGAGACCGUGUGCUGCAACUAAUGAGCCCGUGCGCUCUGGAGCCCACGCGCUGCAACAAAGAGCCUGCCUGCCGCAAAGAAGACCAGAUGCAGCCAAAUAAGACCCGGCGGCGCUGGGGAACGCCCUGGGCGGGGCCAACGUGGGGGCGGGUCCCGCAGGCACGAGGAGGCGGGGUCGGCGACGCCGCGGUCUCUGGUCGGAGCGCGGAGAGUUCGGCUGCAAGCGGCGCGUGCAUGCUGGAAGUUCGCAUCCCGUCGGUGGGGCCCGAGGCCGAGGGGACCCGGCAGAGCCCCGAGAAAGGCCACAUGGUGUUCCGAGUGGAGGUGCUGUACCACGGGCGCAGACACACCGUGCAGAGGCGCUACAGCGAGUUCCACGCGCUGCACAAACGGAUCAAGAAACUGUCCAAAGUGCCCGACUUCCCCUCGAAACGCCUGCCCAACUGGAGGACCAGAGGACUGGAGCAGCGGCGGCAGAGCUUGGAGGCCUAUAUCCAGGGCAUCCUAUACUUGAACCAGGAUGUGCCCAAGGAACUACUGGAAUUCCUGAGUCUUCGCCACUUGCCCAUAGUCCCCAAGGCCAGCAGCUGGGGCGCCCUGGGGGAGUUCCUGCCCGGCAACAGCAGCUCACAGCUGUACCACCGGCCUGUUAUCAGCUUCUGCAUGGAUCCUUAUAUUUGCAUCCCAUCCCCAGAGCCUCUGCCCAACGUGGUGGUGAACGGUGUGCUCCAGGGCCUCUAUGGCUUCAGCGCCAGCACAGCUAAAGCCCAGCCAGAAGCUGCGUGUCACCCUGCUCCAGUGCCACCGAUGCCCUGACCAGUCCAGAGGGCUUUAGGCCACCUGCCAGGACACUCAUGGACCUCAGUCCUCUGAAAGGGACAUGGGCUGGGUCAGCCUUGGCCUGGACCCCGGACUCACCACCCUCCACCCCUCCAGGCUCAGAACUCAGCUGCAGUGGUGUCUGAGGUGGUAGGAUCCUGCACUCCUAGAGCCCAGGGGCCAGGGUGGGGACAACAGAGGAUAGGGAAGAAAGGGAGAAUUCCUUUAGAAUGUUCAUAGCCCACCAGUUUGGAGGUGGGCUAUGAAAAGGUGCAGGUGUAUUCCUUUACCUACGUCAGGAGAAAGGCGUGGCGGGGACAUGCAAAGGUUGAGGCACAGUGGCUAGCCAAGUUCAGAAGCAAGGGGCAAAAACUCCUGCUUGACAUUUUGUGCAUAGCACAUUUUUCUGUGAAUGUCCAGAUCUGCUUCCCCCUGCCCUCCCAGACUUGUGUGGCCAGUUGGAAAUGUCUGGUUUGUGUUCAUCUCUCCCUCAUUUCUGGAGCAUUUCUGGAGGGAAAGGGUUCAGGCCGGAACCCAAGGAGGGGACAGGCACCACUGCCACAGGAGCCCCAGACGGGCUGGCACUGGACUUAGGGUCGGAUGGGGGUGCCGGAGGCCCCAGAACCCAGCCCAUACGCAGAUUAUAAAAAAACACCUUUUUUUUAAUCGGUCAGUGUUUGUUGGUAGGAGUUUGUUACAAAACUGGGCCCGCGGGCCCGCAGAAUGUGGGGGGAGGGGUCCGCUCCGUCAGACGCCAGCACUACGGCCAGUGCAGCAUGGAGCCCUGUGGCGGGCUGUCUUCACCCCCAGGAGGGCAACAGGGCCACACAGACAGUCGCUCAAAGGGAAGAGGUCCCUGGGGCCCUACUCCUUGGCGAUGGCAAAGGGCUUCUCCACUUCGAUCUUGCCACAGUCUGCGAUCGUCACGUCCUUCAGAGGCCUGUCCCGACCGUCUGUCUUGGUGCUCUCCACCUUACGCACUACAUCCUGGGGAGGAAGGCAGAGUGUCAGGCGGUCUGCUGGUCGAGGGAGACGGGCCCCAGCGUGUGGCCGCGAGGGCUGAAACCUGCACGUGAUGAACAGCGUAGAAACCACGAGGCACCCAAAUCCUAAGGGCAUCGUGGCCGGGUGCCAGCCCAGGGCAAGUAGAACCCAGAUUUGACAACAGGAGGAUGCAGUAGUUUCGAUCCUCUGAAGUAUGACCCAGGCUGGGCUAGGGGUGAGGAGGGGGGCGGCUGGGGAGAGGGUGCCAAGAGGCUUCUCCGGGACAGCGUGUUCGGCUGGGCCCUGUACAACCGACGGUGGUGCCAGGACAUGCCUGACUGAAUAACGGGAUGGAGGGUCCUCAAUUGUGCUGCCUCACCGAGACCUCCUGGCCGGCCUCUGCCUGGGGCCUGGAGGGAUUUAGAACUUGGAGGCAGGACUUCCCUGGCGGCCCAGUGGUUAAGACUCUGGGCUUCCAUAGCAGGAGGCACGGGUUCGAUCCCUGGUCGGGGAACUAAGAUCCCGCACGCUAGACGGCAUGACCAAAAAAAAAAAAAGAACUCGGGGGCAUAGAGAGAGAGGCUGUAUAGUCUCAAUUCCCCCCAGGUUUGUAGAAAUAAACACUGGUCAGAAUCUGUACAUUCCCUUCUGGGAAAGGGAUAAAAUAUAUGGAUCCCCUGCCCUGGGGUCUGUGUCAGAUCCCUGGUCAGGGUUGCCCAGGGUUAGUCCCUCCCCCACAAACUCACCAUGCCCUCUAGAACUUUGCCGAACACUACAUGCUUGCCAUCUAACCAGGCUGUCUUGACCGUCGUGAUGAAGAACUGGGAGCCAUUGGUGUCUUUGCCUGCGUUGGCCAUGCUUACCCAGCCAGGGCCAUAGUGUUUCAGCUUGAAGUUCUCAUCAGGGAAGCGUUCACCGUAGAUGCUCUUCCCUGGGAAGAAAGAGUAGGUCAGGGGAGCUGGGGGAGCCCCAACGAAGCAGCUCUUAAGGGCGAGGAUUCCAGAGCCUGAACCUGUCCCCCGUGCCAGGCCAGGCUCCAGUGGAGUACAAGGACAUACAAGCUGUUCCCUUCCUACCCUCUGGCCCUGGAGCCAAACCAUACUGACAGCCCAAGUGGGACAUGAGGCCAGGGUGAUUUAGUGAAUAGCUCACACAAUGAUUACUUUGAGAAUAUAGUUUUAUGACUUUCAAAUAAGGCACGUAUUAAAAACUACCUUGGCUGUGGCCUGCGAGGCCUCCCAUGGGGACUUGCUUUAGUGGAGGGAGGUGCUGUGCAGGAUGCAGGGGAGGUAAGAACCCUCCAGAAAAGGAGGACUAGGGCUUCCCUGGUGGCGCAGUGGUUGAGAGUCCGCCUGCCGAUGCAGGGGACGCGGGUUCGUGCCCCGGUCCGGGAAGAUCCCACGUGCCGCGGAGCGGCUGGGCCCGUAAGCCAUGGCCGCUGAGCCUGCGUGUCCAGAACCUGUGCUCCGCGACGGGAGAGGCCACAACAGUGAGAGGCCCGCGUACCGCAAAAAAAAAAAAAAAGGACUGCUGUGGCUGAUCAGCUUUUCUCCCUAAGAGCACAAACGAUACUGAGGACACUCCAAAGCAGGAAGAGAGAUGAGUGGGGAGGGGCAGGGAGAAGCAAAAGAGAGGGGCUGCCAUUUGAGUUCUGGAAAGUCAAGAACCUCUUAUCAACGCAUGAACCAAAAUAAAAGGUGGCUCUGA